UAAAGGUUGCAUUUCACAUAUCCCCUCCUCUGUCUCACCUUACUCGACAUAACCACCGCCCACCAAAUCCCCUAUUCAUUCCGAACCCACAAGCGGCAAAAUGUACCUGACAAUGUAGACUUACAAAUCAAUAUCCACCCCGAAGCCGCCAAAGCUCUUUCCGCAUUCCUCAAACUCGACACCACUCGAGACAGUUGCGGUCCUGGAGAACCCAAGAUUCCCGUCGACAUCAACGAGCGAGUAAAUCCCGUGAGCGGAAAACAACUCAUCAGAUUUCUUCACAGGAUCGGAAAAGCCAUCGUACCCGCUUUCUCAGCCGGACAAGUCCUUGAACCUAUGGUGAUAUUCGUCAAAGAUGUACAAGUCAAUCUUGACUUUAUCACCUACAAACAUCCUGAGGUCCAACAGGAAGAUAGUGAUCUCUUAUUAUAUGGAGCCGAUUCUCUUCAUCAGAUGUUCCCAUCUUUAACUUUUGAUAAUUCGAAUAAACUGCUGGAAGCUGUGUUUGCGGCUGAAUAUGCGAGGAUUGUUGAUCAAGUUGAGAAUCUGGCUCUCUUUUCUCUCGCGAACAGGCUUUUGGAGAAACAAUCUGAUAAGGAUACUUGUCCUAAGACAACUACUGGUGAUGAAAAUGGAAUGAUUGAAUGUCCUAAUCCUCUUUGCGAUGGAAAAGAUGGCGUUUGCACACGGCCCAUCGCAUUUCAUGGUCGUCCCUGUAGUGAAUUCGUCUGUCCCACCAAAGAUGACAUCCCAUACUGCGAUGAAUGCGGAGGAGAUGAUCUCAAAAGCAAAUGCCGAGAACUACCCGAAAAAGGACAAAAAUACAAAGGGUGCGAAUGCAUGGUAACCGAAAUAUCCUCCCCCUGGACCUCCACUAACCACUUAUUCUACGAUCUGCAACGCUUCAUCGGGAAGACCGCCCCCCAAGAACCCGCUCUCAAAUUUUCCUCCUCCAAAUCCAAAUUCGCAAACUGA